ACAACUUUCCAAUCGCUACUGCCAGCCAAAGGUGCCCGUUCAUAUAUAUAAACAAUUAACCCCUUGUCCUAUAUAAAGAACUUGUUGUCUCGUCCCUCGUAUUGCAACUCACAACAAACAUGACCUCCAUGGCUUUCCACAGCUUCAUGCUCCUCCUGCUAUUGGUCAUGAUGCGCCAAUCAUCAGUUGAGUCCGGCCCUUCUUCUUCUUCCUCUUACCCAACACCAUCCGCAUCUAAUGUCAGAGCCGCGUACUGGCCUUCCGGCAGUGACUUCUCUCCCUCUUCAAUAAACACAGACUACUUCACCCACAUUUACUAUGCCUUCCUGGAGCCCGACCCCGCUGACUCUUUCAAGCUUGGCGUCACCGAAUCUGCCGAGACUGAGAUCCGCAAAUUCAUCAGCGGCCUCCAUUCCCGCAACCCUCCUGUCAAGACUCUCUUAUCCAUCGGAGGAGGAAGCAGCAACUCCUCCGCCUUCUCCGCCAUGGCGAGCACCCCUCAGACUCGUUCCGUCUUCAUCAAUUCCACCAUCCAAGUGGCUCGCCGCUACGGUUUCGACGGUCUCGACCUCGACUGGGAGUUCCCUGACACCGCAAAAGACAUGUCCAACCUCGCUCUCUUGUUUCAGGAAUGGCACCAGGCUCUGGUUCUGGACUCCAGAAUUCAACGCAAGCCACGCUUGCUUUUAACAUCCGCAGUGUACUACGCCAACACAAUAGUGCUCAUCGGUAACGAGCCGAGGUCGUAUCCGGCCGAAGCAAUACGCAGAUUCUUGGACUGGGCUAGUCCCAUGAACUUUGACUAUCACGGAGCCUGGUCUAACUUCACGGGGGUCAACGCCGCUCUCUUCGAUCCAAAGAGCAACAUUAGCACCCACUACGGCAUCGGGUCGUGGAUCCGGGCCGGCGUGCCUCCUUCUAAGCUCGUCAUGGGCUUGCCUUUGUAUGGGCGGACGUGGAAGCUUGCGGACCCAAAAGUUCAUGGAAUUGGGGCUCCAGCGGUGGGGCCUGCCACUGAUACUGAUGGGACCAUGGAUUACGAUAGGAUUUUAGAGUUCAAUAAGGAGAAUGGGGCUACUGUUGUUUAUGAUGGGCUUAGCGUGUCCUAUUACUCUUACGUUGGCACCUCUUGGAUCACAUAUGAUGAUGUCUGGUCCAUUAAAAGGAAGGUCCAGUUUGCUCGCUCUUUGGGCUUGCAUGGCUACUUCUUUUGGGCCGUUAAUAAGGACAAGGACUGGGCCCUCUCCAGACAAGCUUCGAAUACAUGGGGACGUGGAGGGUACUAAGUCGCUGUCUAUUCAGAAAGAGCCCCGGGUCAUGCGAUGUUCAAACCUUCGAUGCAGAAUUAGAGCGUUGGAAUUGGACCAACUACAGACUUUAAUCCAAAACAUUCGUUCACCUGACAUUAGAAGUGGAGCAUCAAAAUAAAGGUUGCCUCCUGUUCGAUUAUGGCAGUCUAUAUGCAAAUGUACAAGUCCGUUGACGUGUAAUUGGAAAAUGCUAUCCUAGCUUUAGUCCAGUAACAGUAUGAAUUUUUACUAUAUUUUGGAA